GAUAAUCGAAGAACCCAAUUACCACCGAUUCUCCUCUUUUCUCUCUGCUUCGUCGUCAUCUAGGGUUUCCUAAUGCAUGAGUUCUCUACUGUUGAUGGUUUUGCGGAGAUAAACGAGAGCUUAGCCGAGAUGAUAAAGUACAUUGCAAAUGAACCCUCAGUGGGGCUUUACUACAUCCAACAGCAUGUCCGAAACGCAGCACCGAAUGUUCUUAAUCUCAACAACAAUGUUUUGGAGAAGUCCCGUGAAACUGGCUUGCAUACCGAAGACUUGGAUGAUUCUAUAGCCAUGGUGAAAUCUAUGAAAGAGUGUGGUUCACCUAUUGCUGAUGAGAUGAUAGGAGACAUCAAGAACUCUUUAGCGAUGAUGUCUUCUAAACAACCGAGAAGAGGGGUCAUCCUCAACUCCACAAACCCUUGGAGCAGAUCCAGCAGUAUAACAACAACAACGCGUGGUUCUGAUUACAGCCAGGAUAAUAGUGAAAGCAGCAACUAUUUCACAUCGGUGUUCAAGACGGCUAAGGAGAGAGCAAGCAACAUCAAAUGGCCACAACUUGAUUUCAAAGAACAGAAGUCAGAGGCUGACCCCAAUGUGGAAAGCAAUGCGUUAAAAGAAGAAGAAGAAGAAGAAGAAGAAGUCUCAGUGAAAGGUGAACAUAUUGUGGAGACGACAAAGUUUGAGGAGUUCAAGGCAGGUAAAGAAGCGAGUCUCAAGGCAUGGCUUGGAGAUAUGGAUGGGAAUGUGGAUGUUGGUGGACGUGUUGCCGAGAGAAUUUAGUUUUUGUUUUCAUUAAUGUCGUUGUUGUGGUUACUGAGAUACUGCUUAUUUAUGUAAAUUAUUCACUUUUGUGUCAUAGAGAAAAAGAGUUAAAAUUUUGAGUUUACCUUUCAUUACAAUCCUUUUAAUCUGUCAAUCAAAACCAAGUGUUACCAGCAAAAUAUAGUUCUAUUUUCAAC